AUGGUCGGUCACAUCCUCACCCAUAUUUUUGUCCCUGACCUCGUCUACGAGGCCUCAUCGGUAAUAGCAUGGACCAUUUGGCGGUGGAUCCAGGUUAUAUUUGAAGUUUUCAAUGGAGCAGAAAUCGUUAUCUCGGGUGACCCUUUGCCCUACGGCGAAUCCGCGGUGGUCGUUUCGAACCACGUUGCCUGGUGCGACUUCUUCACAAUCCAGGCGCUAGCUGUGCGCUCCGGAAUGCUCAGUCGUUGCCGCUAUUUUGCCAAGAUCCAGCUUCGUCUUGUCCCCUUCCUAGGAUGGGGUCUUUGGGCCAUGGGUAUGCCCUUAGUAACACGAAAUUGGCUCAAAGACAAGCGCGAACUAGACCGAGUUUUUGCAGGCAUCGUUAAGAGGCGGUGGCCGACUUGUAACUUCAGCGAGGCAACUAGGUUUACAGAGGAAAAGUAUGAGCAGUCCAAAUUGUGGUGUAAAGAAAACGACAAGCCCCAGCCCAAGCAUGCCCUUUAUCCAAGAACAAAGGGGUUCAUCACGACUGUGCAGCACCUACGACAAGCGCCCCAGAUCAAAGCAGUGUACGAUGUGACUAUUGCCUAUGCGCAUAACGGGCAGUUUCUCCAGGCCCCGACAAUGUGGGAUACUAUCCGCCUGCCCGAAUUGACGCGCACUUACGGCCAUAAGUUCCAUAUCCACGCUCGCCGCUUUCUCAUAGAAGACCUUCCAGAGACUGAUGACGAGCUCGCGAAGUGGCUAGAGAAUAUUUGGGUCGAGAAAGGAGAAUGGCUAGAGAAGAAAAAGGAAGAAUGGGAGAGCUCAUCGCCAAAGAAGCAUGCAUGA